AUGCCUCUCGUCAACACUACCGAAGUCAACGAGGACACUCGUGUCCUGGGUUACGAUCCUCUUCUGCCUCCUCAUCUCCUGCAAACUGAGAUCCCCGCACCGGAUCGUUCUCUCAAGACUGUCCGCGCCGGCCGCAAUGAAGCCGUCGAGAUCAUCGAACAGCGCGACGACCGUCUCCUGGUCGUUGUUGGCCCUUGCUCCAUCCAUGACCCAGACACUGCCCUCGAAUACGCCCGCCGCUUGAAGGAGCUCAGCACCAAGCUCUCCAAGGACCUCUCUAUCAUCAUGCGCGCUUACCUGGAGAAGCCCCGCACCACCGUCGGCUGGAAGGGUCUGAUCAACGACCCAGACAUGGAUGAGUCCUACCAGAUCAACAAGGGUCUUCGCGUCUCCCGUAAACUCUACUACCUGGCCGAUUUGAUCUCCCUCGGCGCUAUCGGUGCCCGCACCACCGAGUCCCAGCUCCACCGUGAGCUGGCCUCCGGUCUGUCCUUCCCAAUCGGUUACAAGAACGGUACCGACGGUAACCUCACUGUUGCCAUUGAUGCCAUUGGUGCUGCGGCCCACCCUCACCGUUUCCUCGGUGUCACUAAGCAAGGUCUUGCAGCUAUUACCAAGACUGCUGGUAACGAGCAUGGUUUCGUGAUUCUCCGUGGUGGCAACAAGGGUACUAACUACGAUCGUGAGAACAUUCGUGUUGCUCGCGAGGCUCUGCGCAAGAAGAAGCAGCGUGAGGUUCUCAUGGUCGACUGCUCCCACGGUAACUCGCAGAAGAACCACCUUAACCAGCCUAAGGUUGCGAAGGAGGUCGCUGACCAGCUGCGCGAGGGUGAGACUGGUAUUGUCGGUGUGAUGAUUGAGUCCAACAUCUACGAGGGUAACCAGAAGGUUCCCCCUGAGGGACCUUCUCACCUCCUUAAGGGUGUCAGUAUCACUGAUGCCUGUAUUAACUGGGAGAUGACCGUUGAGGUAUUGGAGGAUCUGGCUGAUGGUGUGCGUGCCCGUCGCGCCAUUAACAAGUCCAAGUCCAAUGGUGCCAAUGGCUCUCACUAA